AGCUGUCACCUCAACAUUUUUAAUGCAACUCUUCACUUCCGCUGUCGCUCUCCUUUCUAUGGUUAUGGCCAUUACGCAUUCAACUGUUGCCGCUAACAAGCUUUGUGGUGAUCCACUGUGCCAGAAGCAAGUUGGUGAUGCCUCUUACUGUAAGGAUUACCAGCAAGAUCCAGCUGGGCGUGUUUGCCAGACUCUCGAUCCCAAGGACACAAGGCGCAUUCUCUGCGAGUGUCCUAAGCCACCCCCCACCACAACUACCACUACUCAAUCACCGACACCUCCUCAUAGGACUUGUCACGGCGGUGAUUUGUUCUGUGACUUGAUUACACGCGGUGGUGUCUGCGAGAGGUUGCCUGACAGCGAGCACUUCGGCAAGUGCGUUGGUGGUGCCAGACCUCAUGAUCUCCCAUGUUUUUGCUUCUAGCAGUAGAUGUAGCUUUCAACUUUUUUUGACUCAUUUCUUAGUCUCCCCAAAUAAGGGCGUCAUUCACGCGCCUGUAGGAUGCAGCGAUGGUUAUUGAAA